GAGAAGAGGAUCCAGGACAUUUCUUCUUUUCCGUUUAAAAAUUGCCGAAAAACUACUAAAUAAAUUAUUUCUGUUUCUCAAAAUAAACAGUUUGCUACCUGCUUUCUUGUGCAAUCCUUUUAGUACCCAAGAUGAAUGAGGCAUGUAUGUCUGAUUGCUUACACGUAUGUGACACAAUGUAAGGAGAGCAGUAUGAUAAGGACUACCCUUGUCAAAUACUGGCAUUUAUUGCUGAAUUCAGGGAGUUUCUCAUUUAUCUUGGCUGUUAGAAACUUGUGUUCUGGCAUCUGAUGGGCAGGGAGAUUCAGAGAUUCUACCUAAAUGCUGAAUUUCUCCUUAGAGUCAAGCGGAGAGGACCGUACAAGGAGUGCUUCAGAGAACUUGACUGGAAUGCCAGCUUUUCUUUAUAGGCAGGUUGGGCACCAGCAUGAGGAUGAUCUAGCAGCCCUCUUCAAGAGGGCAGAAAGCCGAUUGCUAGGAAGCACUAGGCCCAGGGUGAGUCUGUAGUAUAUUUAACUCAGUAAGUACACUUAUCAAUAUACUUACCUGAUACUUAACUCGGGUGUCCAGCAUAAGAGUUUAGGCACUUGUCCAGGAGCUGGGAGAUCCAGCCUGUUCGGCAGCAGCUAAGCACCUCUUCUGGGGCCUAUAUCCAAUGUAGGGCCAUGGCGGUCAGGGCGAAUGUUUACUUCUAGAUCCUCAAAGAAUUUUUUGCACAAGAGGCAUAGUUAUCUUUGUCUUGGUGCAGCAAGCACAAGAAUUUUCAUCUUUUUUCAUUUUUUAGUUAUGUUUUCUGAAAACUGGGUUCCUUUUUUAUCUUUUUUUCUGUCUGCUGUUAGAAAAUUGUGCUAUUCCUUCUGCAUUACUGAAUUACUGCACUAGAAUGCUGAAAUCAUGCAAUUCAGUGGGAAGAUUAAUGAGGUGUGAUUUCUUUUUCCAGAAUAAAUUCUAAAAGCUGAAGGUCACAGGAGACAUACACAAGUUAUUAUUAUGGUUUAUAUUUUGCUUUGGGUGAAUAUACUUUAUUUCACUGGGAAUACAAUAGGUGUGAAAAGUCAUUUGCCUUUUUAUAUAGGGGCAUAUACUGUUUAUUACUAAUGUUUUCCUUUCUUACUUUUUAAUGUCUACCAAAAGCAUUGUAAAUGUGUUGUCCAUAUUUAUUUAAAUAACUUUUGCUCAUAAUAGUAUUUUAAAAGUUUGAAACUGACCCCCCUACAGCAUCAGUUCUUCAAAAAGAGGUGCACACGCCAAAUUUUAUGCACUGUGAGUAAUCCCAUUGGCUUCAAAGGAGCUGCCCAAUGCAUGGAGUGAGUAAAGUCUUUUUGGGAGCAGGUCUAAUUAUUUACAGUGUGUCGAAUACUAAGAGGUUGGCAUUGUUAUCUUUAUUUUAAAGGGGCAAGUGAAUGUUUGUAUUAGAUGCAAUUCACUCACUUUUCCAGGAAGACUUGUAAAAACUUAACUUUGCAAAGGUAAUGGAGAAUGAUACAUAUCUACAUCUUCACCAUGUCUUCUUGACAGUGUCGUUUCUACGUACUAUACUCCAGCUCACAUUUUUUUGUAAGGUUGGUUUUUUUUAUACAUAGGCAAAUGCGCACACACAGAGCCUCCUUGGUGAGCUAUGCUGUUGAUACCUCGUCAUUCGAUUGAGAUGCAAUACUGAGGCCCAAGCUCUAGCCACUUGUAUUUCAAUGAUAGCCUUCUAGCCAUAUUUUACCUAAUACGUUGUUAGUGCUACUGGCCAUCGCAUUCAUUUUUGGAAAUGGCCCUUUCUCAAAAGUGAAAAAAAUUACUCCUGCAUGAAUCAGCCAUUCUUGCUGGACAUGACGUGAAGAAAUAAAAAAAUUCACCUUGAGGACAAUCAAGCAUUGGAGCAGGUUGCACAGGCAGCUUGUGUGGAGCCCAUCUUUGGAGGUUUUCAGACUGACAAAGCCCUAAUCAAGCUGGUCUGAACUCAGUCUUUGCCCUGCUUUGAGAGGAUGUGGGGCUAGGUAACUUCUGAGGUUCCUUCCAGCAUUUCCGUGAUUCUGCAUUAGGGUAUAACUUCAGGGAAUGGUCUAGAACAGCAGUUACCAGAUUUUUCCAUUGGUAAGUCCAUUUCCAGAUCUGAGAUGCAUUUUUGCAGUGGGAAGUUUCACAGGGGUUCCAAUCCUAAACCUCAGCACCCCAGCCCCUUGCUUGAAGAAUUUCAGAAUUUACAGUAUUAUAUCUCCUGGUUGAAAUUAAGCAGGAGAUUUAUUUAUCUAACACAUUUUCAUGCCUAGCACUUGCAGCCUGACAAACAGUGUUUCAUUCAAGGCCUUUUUAAGAGGGCAGUUGAAUAUAUACUAAAGUAUAUGGAGGUUAGGAACCACUGAAAGGACGUGGCUGACCUUGGAUUAGGAACAGUAGGAGUGGGAGCCUGUGCCUGCAGGAAUCCCACAAGCAUUUCUCAGAGCCUUUACUAACAGGCAGCAGACUCGGCAGCUCCUAGCUUCCACACUUUGCCUUCACUCCUUCUUUCCAUACUCUCUGUUUGGAUUCUUUCUGAAGAUUUUUUUGAGCACAGCCCCUUCCUUCACCCCUCUCCCUACCCUGGCUAUCUUUUCACAACCAUGCACUCUCUUUCAUUCCCCUAAAGCAUGCCACAGUACUUCCUGCAAGUCAUUUUUCUCCAUUUAAGUAGUACUUAAACUGAUGGGAUGAGAUGGUACAGGAUGGAGCAUGGGAAAAAAAUUAGCUGCCAAGGGAUUUUAAUUUUUCAAGUGGCAUAACACAAUCAAUUAUAUUACACAACUAAAGUAAUUCUGUGUUAUUUCAUCUUGUUUGCAUGUCUAAAAAAUUCAGUGAGAUAUCUCUCAUACCUUAUCCAUGAGAAUAGAUUUGUGGAUUUCUAGAAGCUAUUUACACGCAUAGUAGGUAGAAUACAAUGUAUUUAUGUACAACUGUUGAAAACUUCUGAUGUAGUGCUCCUGUGAUCAUCCAAUAGUACUGAAAAAAGGGAAGCUAAACUUCUUAGUAUGCAUCUUUAUACUCAAGUCAGUAUAAGAUAAAGUAUAAUUUACUUUAUAAUAUAUUAACGUCAAGGACUUUUUUUCCAAUGUAGUAAUUAUUUCUGCACAGCAUUAGCACAGGGUUACUUAGUCUCUUAAAAAUUAUUCAAAAGGAACAUUUCCUGGAAUUACAGUGACUGUAGGGAAGUAUUACUGAAGACAGGGUUUGUUCUUAGGUAUUCCUAGUGAUGUUUUCUGAAACUGUGUUGAACUUCAUAUUCUGGCAUGCAGUUAACAUAUUUGUGUCAGUGAACCUAAGGGCAGACCUUCAGACUUUGAACUUACUAAGAUUUCACUCUGAGCAUCAGAACUAAAAAUCUUGCAGUAAGCCAUGACAUUUAAUGCAGAAAAGUUGAUUUUAGUAUUCCAGCCACCAAUAGCAAUGGCAGCUUAGUUAUCUUACUUUUUUUUUUUGCCUUUGCUACAGAUGCACACAUGUGCAAAUCACAGACACAUGUCCACCCUGAACCACCUUUUCAUUAUUGUUUGCAACUGGCAAAAUAUUAUUUUGGAGAUGAUGACCUUGCUCUCCAUUUUUUUUUUGGUAGGAAUUUCUGUCUCUUGGGCUCACAAGAAUGUAGCUAUCAAGGAGAGUGGAGGGAUAGAUUAUAUUUAUGGGCUUAAGCCUACACAAUAUUGAGAAGAUGACCAAUCCACUCAGCCAUAAUAAUGUCCCCUAACCUUUUUAAAAAAUUUCUUUACAGCAGCUUACUCUAUUGUCUUUUCCUACACAAUCAGUUACACCGUAUGCAAUUAAACUGCAAAGUCUUGGGAAAAAGCUGCAUUUCAUGAUGGCUGGAGUGAUUAUAUGAAAAAGAAACUUCCUAAACUGCCAAGGAUUUUCAGGAUUAAAUAAGAAUAUCAAUAGAAACUUUCUAUAUUUAUGAAUAUGAAGUUAAAAGCAAAUACAUUUUUUUUCUAUUGCAUGAUCCAAUGUCAGAGCUAUGAUUUUAACACUGUUACAGCUUUUUUUUUUUAAUGCUACUUACCUAUCAGGAGAACACUGUAAAAUAAAAAAGUACAUCUGCUGUGCCUUCUUGAAACUGCAUUAAGUAGGGUCCUCACAGCUAGAGUGAGCUAUAUGUGUGAGAGCAACUUGUUACUCCCCUAUCCUCAUCAGAUCUGCAUGUUGAGAUCCAGCUCUCUGUUACUGCCACCUUUCAUAACAAACAAGAUUACUUAUUGACAUGGUGCUUUUCUUUCUCAUUUAUUCCUUAUUGACACAGUUUGCAGUGGAGGGGAAGCAGGUCCAUACGCUACUAUGAUGGGAUCAAACACCUUCAUGGUGUUAAAUGCCAGGUGAAAUGCUGCCAUCGCCUAAGAAGUAACAUUCACAAAAGCUAACUCAAACCUAGUGGCAGUCUUCCUUGGCAGCCUCUUGUCAAUGAAGAGAGACAGGCUCCUCCAGGCAACAGCUAAUUUAGUCUUUUGCUUUGAAUCAUUGUCUGGAAGGGUAUUCCUCUCUUCUCUGUUGUCUGGACCGUUUUCUAGAUGAAUGAGUUUCCUAAGCCUGAUGCUAUGCUUUGUGAGUCAAGUCCUAUGCUGAGAAGGUUAAGCUAAACUCCCCUGUGGAAUAACUUUACCAAAAUUAGUGGCAUUCACUGACAGUGAGUAUGGCUCAAACAUAUUAGAAAAUGACAGUUGAAUAAAAUUGUGUUGUAACCCCACUGCCCCCACUUCAAUCAGUUAUCAGAAGUCCCACUGACUUCACUGAGGAUUGGGUUUCAUCUGUAGGGUCUUGGGAUUUACAUGGCAGGUAAUGAAAAUCAUGUUAAUUUAACAAAUAAGCAAAGAAAAUACUAGACUAGCAUCAACAAAUAACAAAACAUUGAAUAAGAAUGGGACACCGUGCUCAGCUAUCCCAACAAAUUAGAGAUCUCUCACAACUUACCAGGCAAUGGGAGCAGCUAAAAAAGUGUUUAACAGAGGAAAAGCAAACAAAUUCCUGUAAAAUGACAUUUGCUUUCUUUACUGGGCUGGGCAGCCCCAUUUUUGAAGCCUCUAAUGAACCUGUUCAGUCCAAACCAGAGUUGUGAAGCUCUUCAGACUUUUUUCACUGAAGCAGUGGCAAUGGAAAGUGCAGAAUUAGUCUCUAAGUGAUCUGUUCAACAUAAAUGUAAAUGUUGAGACAUUUUGAUUUGUUUCUCUUUUUUUAUUUAUAAAAUAAAUAUAUAUUUGAUUGUUGUGGUAUAGAUACAAUUUUGGCAGAAGUCACCUUAGCUUUCAGGUCUCAGUGAAGAGAACUGUUCACAGUUUAUUUGGUAGUAACAACUGAUACAUGAAUCCAAAACUAAUCCUUAUAGAUGAUUUGUAUGAAUACUUGUUGCUGUCUUCCCAAGUAUUCAUGGUGUUGAGACCUAGGAGAAAUGAACCCAUGUAUGUCACAGGAAACUAGGUUUCAUAUUGGCAGAUUCUACUGAGCUCAGGGACACCCAGUUAAAAAUAUUUCUGCCUAUGAGAAAUGCACCACGCUUCUUUGCCUUUAUUUUUCCCAUGGGAACAUUUUCACAUAGGAAUCUACUUUGCCUCCUGGGAAAUCAUAGAGUAACUCUUUGAUAGUAGAAGUUGAAAUUAUUUGUAUGCAUCCCUUCACGGGUGGUGUUGGGAGGGCAUGUAAUUACCGAAACCAAGAGUCAGUGAGCAUUUUUCUUGUAACACAUGGCUGUAAAUACACAAAAAUAGUCUAAAUGGGAAGCUGUGUAACAUUAGACUGCUUUAAGCUCUCCUCUGAGGUUGAAGUUAGAUCAUUUUAAAAUAGCAUUCAAAAGUGAUUUUAAAGAACUUUCAGGGCUUACUCACUUUACAUGCUAUCUUGGGUAACAUCAUUUAUUCUGUCAACUCUGUUUAAAUCGGUUGUAUUUUUAGAAAAGAAUCCUCACUGAAUCACUUUUUAAAAAAAAAACAGAACAAUUUUUGUACAGUCCUCAGCAUGUAGAUCUCUGUAGGUCACAGAAGAGGUUUACACCUCAACAUUUUACUAAAGAACUAGUAAAUGCUUUUGAUUUGCUCACAUAUGAGAAGUAGUUGGUCAAGUAAGGAGUUCUCUGUUAAGCCAGAAGGAUUAGAGGUUUUUGCCUGCCUAUUAAUUUUUAAUAUUUUAUUUAUUGUUCUCAAACGACAUAAUAUUUUAUUAUUUCUCUUCAUGAUUUGUAUUAUUAAGAGAACAGUACCACCACUCUCUUCCAGUGAGCUGUUCUUGAUCUGAAUUGUAGACUGCGUUCAGAACUGGAGCGAGCUUGGUGUUCUUGAGCGAUUCUCAAUUCAAGCAAACAUGCCUUCUUCCUAUGGGUCUCAUUUUAGGAAGCUUUUUAAAGAGGAGCCAAUAUACUGUUAUACACCACACAACUUCACCCGCGAUCAAGCCUUGUAUGCCAGAGGAUAUUGUUGGACAGAAUUAAAAGAUGCCUUGCCAGGAGUUGAUGCCAGCCACUGGCCCUCCUUGUUUGAGCAUAAGUUCCUACCUUAUGCACUGCUGGCUUUUGCUGGGAUAAUGUACAUUCCAGCUCUGGGCUGGGAAUUUCUGGCCUCUACCCGACUGACUUCAGAGCUUAAUUUUUUGCUUCAGGAGAUCGAUAACUGCUACCACCGUGCAGCUGAAGGGCGGGCACCCAAAAUAGAGAAACAGAUUCAGUCCAAAGGCCCGGGGAUCACCGAGAGAGAGAAGAGAGAAAUCAUUGAGAAUGCAGAGAAGGAAAAAAGCCCUGAGCAGAACUUGUUUGAGAAAUACCUGGAAAGAAGAGGACGAAGUAACUUUUUAGCUAAGCUUUAUCUUGCAAGACAUUUGUUCAUCAUCUUUUUAAGCAUCAUACCAAUUACAUACUUGUCCACCUACUAUGCUACACAGAAGCAAAAUGAAUUUACAUGUGCACUAGGAGAGCCUCCAGACAAAACAAGCAGCUCCAAAUUGCACAUCAGAGUGAACUGUAAACUGCCAUCUGUCCAGCUCCAGCGGAUUAUUGCUGGUGUAGAUAUCGUUCUCCUAUGCUUCAUGAACUUGAUAAUCCUCAUCAACUUAAUUCACCUCUUCAUCUUUCGCAAGUCUAACUUCAUAUUUGAUAAACUGAACAAAGUUGGAAUAAAGACCAAGAAACAGUGGCAGAAGUCCCAGUUUUGUGAUAUCAAUAUUUUGGCCAUGUUUUGUAAUGAAAAUCGGGACCACAUAAAAUCAUUGAACCGUCUGGAUUUUAUUACAAAUGAAAGCGAUCUGAUGUAUGACAAUGUGGUACGCCAGCUGCUUGCAGCGUUGGCCCAGUCCAAUCAUGAUGCCACUCCAACCAUGCGUGAUUCAGGGAUCCAAACAAUAGACCCAAGCGUUGAUCCAGCAGACAUUGAUGCUAAUGAGCAGCUCAUCAUUAAGAGACCAAGGAAGAAGAUGAAAUGGAUCCCAACUACCAAUCCCCUUCCUCAGCCAUUCAAGGAACAGUUAGCCAUUAUGAAGGUUGAAAACCAUAAACCUGAAAAACCGAAGCCUGUGCGGAGAAAAACAGCAACAGACAGCCUUAUAGCUCCUUUGUUAGAGUCUGCUGCAAAAACCUCACAGCAAUCGUCCACUCAUAAAACGGAGCCAAACGCCAUCCCAAGCACAAGCAGUGAAAAAAAACACACACGACACUUUUCCUUGGAUGUUCAUCCAUAUAUACUUAGUAGCAAAAAACCCAAGCCAGAGAUUCAAGCCAUCCCCUCGAUGCCUACGUCAAAAAGCCAAGAAGGUGGAUUUUUAAACCAGGAAGAGAAUGUCGUAGUACACGUUACCUCCUCUCUCAAAGACACCCCUCAUCCUGCAAAAGAGAUCCUAUACUCAUCUGAGACAUGCAGAACUGUGCCUGCUGCUGGGGCUUUUGUCACAUGUAACCACAACCAUAUAGCCACAACCGCUGCUGCAACGAGCAUGACUUUGAACCAAGUCAAGCCAGAGCCAACACCUGCACUGAACUGCAACCCAGCCCACCCUCUGCUGCACAUCAACACACUGUACGAGGAUCACGAGGAGGACGUUUCAAACAUCGUAGACAACGGUAUUCACUCGCCAACUGACACCGGGGAAAUUCUCUCCAUCCCUACCCCGAAGCAGAUAAGGUUGGCAACAUUUGAUGAACCCAUGGCAAUCGUGAGCUCGGUGGAGUACUGAAGACCCCGGGCUGCACAGCCGAGCCCUCGUGGCCAGGCCCAAGACCACGGCAGUGCGGGCCACGGUCCCCCCUACGAGGCAAUUCACUGCAUGAGCAUGGGGAGUUUUCACACAGACUAUAGCUUUGGUAAUAACGCCAAACGGUUUUUCAGGAUCACAUCAUGAGCACUGUCAGUCAUUUGCAGAAUAGAAUAAAGAAAACGUGGUGGAAAUAGACCUUGAACGCCCAGACAACCAUUAGCUCUAGCUCGAAACUAUAGUUUCCUGAUUUAAACAGGGAUUAGCACAAUUUAUGAACGUUAAGAGUCUGAUGGCAUGCCACAGUAAUUUUAGUGAGUGUUUAAAUCCUUUGCAUUCAGAAUCACUGAUUAAAGUUAAAACAACAUGGAGGUGAGGUAAACUCUUUUAAUGGCAGCAGUUAAAUAAGAGUUCUUUUCUAAGCAGAGAGGAUUUUUUUUCAAUUCAGGAUUAUGAAAAAGUUAUAUGCAAGCAAAAUUUUUGUUUGUUUGUUUCUUUAGCUCGCUAAUGUUGGGCUUGAUGGAGACUUAGCUGAAAGGGCCUCACUACCACCAGCAUUUAAGUGCAAAAAGAUUGAUACACUCAAUCUCUUGCAUUUAUAAAUGAAAAUACCUGAGGUAUGCCCCGCCCUUUAACAAGCUUAUAUGUUUGAUGGAAGAUGAUGAAAUGAAGAGUUUAUUUUUUUAAAUAUAUUUUACCAUGGGAAAAAUUACUUUAAUAACUUUUCAAACCGGGUGUUGCUUUUAACAAAAUGUGUAGAAGAGAGUCAUUGUAGCUGCUUAUUUUUUCAUAGUAUAUUUAUGAACCAGGUUAGAAACUUUCAAGGGUGCUUCACUGAUACGAAAAAUCUUAUGAAGGUUGUUACAAAAUAUCUUACAGAAUAUGAAACCAGCAAAACUGUUUUCAAAUAACACACAGUUAAAGAAGUCUCUGAUUUUAGGUCUGCAGACUUGGCUAGUCCUUAAUUCAGCAAACGCUUAAGGCCAUGGAUGGCACUGAAACGACUCAUAUGUCUAAAGCUAAGCACACACUGAAAUGGCUUUGCUGGAUCUGGGCUCUAGUGCAGGCAGACAAUAAUCCUGCAGUAUGUGCUAUCACUCUGAUUCAAUAUUUGCCUUCCUGGGCUCAAAGCACAUCUUCAUGCCCAUCUUCCUAUAACUACGGUAUGUGUGAUUUAAUAGAAAACUCUAGUAUAACUAAAACGGCUAUUAAAAGUGUAUCAUGCAAUAACCAUUAUCAGCAAAAUUAUAGUGAAACAAAAAGUGACUGUGCUAAAAUAAUAUUCCUAGCUGCAUUCAGAAUUAUGGACUAUGUGUGUUUGCUUCAAAAUUAUGUAUAAUGGUAGAAAAAAUAUGCAGCACAAAUAUGGGACUGAAAUCUUGAAUUUAUUUUUAAUUUAUUACCUCAGACAUGGAUAUAUUAUACCAAUAUUUAACGAAAAUAGCACUGAAAAUAAAUACCUAUUAUUCUGAA